AUGUUCAAAUCGCUCCUCUCCUCCAUCACCGGAGGUACCAACAAAGACUACAUAUUCCCCGCAGUCAACACCCAGGAAGAUGGACCGGAUUGUCUAAAGGACUGCUCUGAUUGCACAGUUCAUUUACCGGAUAAAUUCCAUAUCGAUAGCGAACGAAAGAUAUACGGUAAAGUCAAGCCGUUUACCACGCACGUGCUCGUCGGAACGGGCAAGUCGGAUUGGGUAUCGAAGCCCGAGGGGGAGAGAGGGAGUUUGGUUCAUGCGCUGUGCGAGGUGUCUUCGAAGGAGCGUCUCAUGGUAAACGCAUCAAACAUCACUGCACACAAGGACGACUCUUCCACGGAUCGAGACAGUGCAACGACAGUGUUGUUAUUACCUUCAUUCCAAUUAAUUGACAAUGUGACCAUAUCAUCGGUCCCAGAACUAGUCGCACGGUUCAUCGACAAGACAUCGACUUCGUCAGCGGAAACGUCAGCACUAAAACCCCGGCCUUGUCCGCACGACUACGUCGUUCUUCUCUGUUCACACAAACGCCGCGAUGCUCGGUGCGGAACUUCAGCACCCUUAAUCAAAAAGGAGUUAGAGCGUCACUUGCGCCCCGCGGGACUAUAUCGGGAUGCCACUGACGAGCGACCUGGUGGCGUGGGGAUAUUCUAUGUAUCUCAUGUUGGAGGACACAAGUUCUCAGCGAAUGUGUUGGUGUAUCGCAAGGAGGAAGGACAGUUGAUCUGGCUGGCGCGUAUACGACCGGAGCAUUGUGAGGGAAUUGUGAAGUACACGAUUCUGCAGGGUAAAGUUGUGCAUCCCGAGUUUCAGUUGAGGGGAGGAUUUGAUAAAGAGCGGGGGGUGACUAGUUGGUGAUUUAGCCAUAGCAGCCUUGCUUUUUAUAACGGAUUUAUAUUAGAUAUCAACAUCAAGUCAACAUAAUACAUAAACCAU